CCUAUCAACAUAUCAUUCUCGCCUCUCAACCUUCACUGUAUCCAUCAACAACGAGACACAACUACAGAGACACACACACACACACACAAGCAGGCAAGACAACAGAUCCUACUACAGUCUUUUAUUCUCCGACGGAAUGGCUGGCACAAACUCACGAUCCCAACGUGAGGUACUAGACGCUCUAGCAGACGUUGUCAGCGUUGAACCAAAUUCAUACGGCAACAGAAACCAUUCCUACGACACUUCCUCGGCUAGUUAUUCCGGACAAGCUCCUAUGUCAGUCAUGAAUCCUGUUCCAACUGUGCCAACAAAAGAUACUUUUGACCCUGUAGGUCCGGCUUCACGCAACAGAAGACCGUCAAAUGGUCAACAAGCUCCGCCUCCUCCUGCAAAGAGUAGCGGUCUAGGUGGACGUUUUGCAAACGCAUUCCGUCGUCACCAUACCGAUGACAAAGAUACAAAAAGACGUGAAAAGGAAAAACGCAUGCAACGUGCAAUUGAUGAAGCACAGCCAACCCGAAUGGACGUUAUCGAUCGAAUGGAUUUGAGUGGUUUAGGCGCCAGUCUUUUCCAUCACGACUCACCUUAUGACGCAUGCUCACCUCAUCGCAAUCACAACUCCAGAAGAGCGCCAGUGAAUGCUUUUGAUCCCAACGUAGACCCUAUGACCGGUUUGCCCGUCGGACAACCUCGUAACGCCGGCGCAAGUGGAAGUAACAGACAAGGUUUGAGUCCGCUUGCUCAGGCUACAAUGCGCAAAAUGAACGAUAGCAAAGGAGACGUUCAGAGUAACGGUAAAGAUCAAAGGGUAGCUCCUAGUCGCGGUAAUUCUGCAGUUUCUGGGCAAUUGCCAAAACUAAACAGAAACCAAACUAACCAAACUACAUCAAGCGCAGGUCAAUCCGAGUAUGAUACCAACGAUGCCGCUAGCAGCGUAUCGCAAAAUGAAUCUGUUGAUCGUGGCUUUUAUUACAAUGCUCCCGUCAACGUUUCUCGUGGUCGUGCAGACGUUGCCAAUCCAAAUGCAGAUGUUUGGGGCGUUACAAGUGAACCAUGGCAAGAUUUUGCAUCACCCGCUGCGAACAGUAGACAAGGUACAAACUCACGCCGUAGCAGCAAUGACGGCUUGCGCAGCUCUGCAAGCAGCGUUUUCGAUAUGGAAGCCGUAUUGACCGGAAAGCCGUCAACAAGACAACCUAUCGGUGGAUCAUCUUUGGCUAACGGAGCAGCUUCACCCGGAGAAUCUUCAGGAGGUUCAGCAGCAGGAACGGGAAACAAGGAUGGACCAAAAAGAUCCAAAAGUCUUGUAAAGAGAAUCAAAACUGCACGUCAGUACGGAAACGUUCCACCACCGGACGAUGAUGUUGUAGAACGUGCAGAAGCAGCACAAACUGGAUUGCGUUCUGCAAGCGGUGGCAGUGCAGCCGCAAGACAUCGUGGAUUCGCUCAUCAUCAUUCUCCUAGUACGCCUCCGAUGCAAUCAAGUUCACCUUCUCUUGCCCAAGGUACAACAUCAAUGCAAAGAAGUGGAACUUUGAAAGCAACCGGCAAUGGUGCUGAUCAAUCCUAUGCAUCUGGUCAUGCUGGUGCUCAAAACGGUAACAACAACCUCGGCCGCAAGAAUUCCGUCUUUGGCCGAUUCCGUGGCAAAUCUCGUGAACAACGUGAUGUUGCUGUGGCACGUUGAAUGUGCUUGGUUUUUUUGUUUCGACAUCUUUUGGGUUUCCGUUUUAUUGUCACAUUGUAAUCUUCAACCGAGAAGGUCUUGCAUGCUCUUUCUUCAGGGGAGAAUGUCCUUUAUUUUUAUCCGAUUGUUUCACUGUUUUGUAGGCUUGAUGUUUUUCAAUCCUUUCGAUAUAUCAUCUACUUCGAACAUUUUGUCAUUUCAUUUCACCAAUUAUCGUUUCAUACACGAUUUAUUACAAUUUAUGAUGCAUUCAGAAUUACAAGGUUUGAGGUC